GAGAGCAGGAGAGAGAGCGAGAGAGAAAGGAGGGGAAUGUCUGCUGUCAACGUGCAGAAGAAGAACCUGGGCAGCAGUGCAGAAGUGAGUCCAGAGCGGUCCUGGUGACAAACAGGUGGAUUUAAUCAACGAUCCCAUGCAGGAUAGACUUCUGCAGACCAGAGACGAGAGCUAUCCUUUUUUCCUGCUUCUUGCCCAGAAGGACUGUUUGGUUCAGACCAUGAACCGGAGCUGGACCCUUCCCUUGGUUCUGGUGCUGAGUCUUCAGACAAGUACCAUCCUGGGAGGUAGAGCUCAGCGUAAACAGAGAGAGGCAGAGGACAGCUUGAAACCAUACCUUGGCAGAGUGGACCCAGAGAAGUUGUGUGAGCUUCUGAAGUGCCACAGCCCAACAGGGUCCUGGUGUCAGGUGGUUCGCAAUAACGGCGUCCUCAUCCCAAAGUGUGUGUGUCCCCGCUCCUGCCCACGAGAGAGGGCGCCAGUGUGCAGCGUUACGGGGAGAACUUAUGGGAACGAGUGUCUCUUGCACAAAGAAGCUUGUCGAAAGAGACGUCGCAAUGAAUUGGCCCACAGAGGACCCUGUCUUAUUCCCAAGGGAGACUGCACGGAGGAGGAGUUUGGCCAGUUCCCGUACCGCGUGCUGGACUGGUUUCUGCUGCUCAGUCGCAUGGGAGGGUCCUACGCAUCUGCCGCCGUGCCGCCCCAGACCUGCAUUAGCCACGGGCAGAGAUUACAGCUCGCACAGAGGAGGUUCCACCUGUUGGACAGAAACAAAGAUGGUCGUCUGAGCCGCAGGGACCUGAAGAAGCUACGCUACAAGAAGAUGCCUCUGGAACACUGCGCCCUACAGUUCUUCCAGUCAUGUGACAGUAACCACAACAGGAAGGUCACCCUGCCAGAGUGGACAUCUUGUCUGGUGAACCGCUCCGAGGCCUGGUUCCACCGCUUCAUGUCAAUCAAAAUGGGCUCACGACAGCUAUGUCCCAUGAACACUGAAAACAACCUUUAACAACGGCCUCAAGAGCUAUCUCCAACUUUUCUACUCUAAGAACAGCUCUGUGGAUAAUCAGAUCAAUCAGCACCAGCGGCAUCCAUCAUUAGCAAAAACAACAGUCGUAUUGCAACAGCAUCACUCUAACGAGCAGUAAUCACCCGCUGCUUCCUAUCGGCUUCACAUGGUACUACACCCAGUGCAAAUUUACAGAUCCAUGAUGUCAUCUGUUUGGAAACUGCUGCCGUUCCGUUGUGAAUGUAUUUGCUUUGUAAGGAAGAGUCCCAUAAAUAAUAAAUGUAUAAGGUCAAAUAUGAACAAUAUCACUUAUUUUGUACAAAGCAUCA